AGUCGGUCUCUCGCUCGGCCUUGCAGAAGUAGCAUGCUGCUGUGCUCCUCUCACUCUCUUCAGCCUUGCAAGACAUCCGAAAAUUGUCGGUUCGCAUUUGCUGCGACUUCUCACUUACUGGAAUCAAAAGAUUGAUCGCUGGUCGGAUCGCAUGUUCAUGACUUGCUUAUCUUUCUUGUUCAAAAGGAGGAAUACAUCACGGCAGCAAGCCAUUACAAAUUUUGGAGAUAUUCCUGGAAUGGAAUAUAUGAUAAUCUAUUCUUACAAGGAAUUGAGCAGUGCCACGGAAGAUUUUAGCCCUGGUAAUAAAAUUGGUGAGGGUGGUUUUGGUUCUGUUUACAAGGGGAAGCUUAAGGAUGGAAGAGUUGUUGCCAUAAAGGUGCUCUCAUCAAAGUCAAAACAAGGAGUAAGGGAGUUCUUGAAUGAAAUCAAAGUUGUCUCCAGCAUUGCGCAUGAAAACCUGGUGAGGCUGUAUGGGUUCUGUGUGGAGGGAGAUAACAGGAUUCUGGUCUACGAUUAUCUCGAGAACAACAGCCUUGCACACACACUUCUUGGUGGGGGUCACAGUAACAUACAAUUCAGCUGGGAGACGCGAUCCAGGAUCUGCAUUGGUGUGGCUCGAGGUCUUGCUUUCCUUCACGAGGAAGUUCGACCUCGUAUUGUGCAUAGAGAUAUAAAGGCAAGCAAUGUUCUUCUUGACAGCCAUCUCACUCCAAAGAUCUCUGAUUUCGGAUUGGCGAAGCUUCUGCCACCAAAUACGACGCAUGUCAGCACUCGGGUUGCUGGCACGAUAGGUUACUUAGCACCUGAGUAUGCCAUACAUGGGCAGUUGACGAGGAGGGCAGAUACAUACAGCUUCGGUGUUCUUCUCUUGGAAAUAGUUACUGGCAGAUGUAACACGAACACAAGAUUGCCUUGCGAGGAUCAGUUUCUCCUUGAAAGGACAUGGGGACUUUACGAGCGCGGCGAGGUGUUGAGCAUUGUGGACGCAUCUCUAGGCGACGAUUUUGAUGCUGAGGAGGCGUGCAGGUUCAUUAAGAUUGCCCUCGUGUGCACGCAAGACGCACCGAGGCUUCGUCCCUCCAUGCCCGCGGUCGUACGGAUGCUGAGAGGAGAAAGCAACGUGAGCAUGGAGAUCACCAAACCCGGCCUGAUCACAGACCUCAUGGACCUCAAAGUGAGACGACAGAGGGAUGCCGGUGACCCUGAUGCAUCACCUGUUGUGUUCACAACGCUCCACGGCUCGCCGUCGUCGUCGUCGGGGAACGCAACGGCAAUCAUGUCCUCCUCCACGGCAGCUGAGCUCGCCUGAGGCAGCACGUUUCGAAAUGAUCAUCGAGCUUAUUCCACCAUUAAAAAGAACUCCCCAUUAUGGGGAAUAGAAAAAUUAUAACUGGACAUGUCUUUAGUGAGUGAUAUAAAUAGGAGGCAUCUUCUUGUUUCAAUUGCUCAUCUAAUCUAAAAAUGGAUUCCGAGUUGA